AUGCAAAAGGGUAUAAGAAUAAACGAUGGCCAACUGCUGUAUCUGGCAGGGAAGGCCAAACAAGAAAACACAAUCUGUGGAUAUCUUUAUAAGAAAAGUUCGGACACUGGAAAGUGGCAAUUGAGAUAUUUUAUACUGUACCAGAACUUUCUGUUUUAUUUUGAGAAUGACACUGCUACCAGACCAUCUGGUGUGGCUAUCCUAGAGGGUAGUUAUUGUGACAGAGCUAUUACAUCGACUACAGCAAGUAAAGGCAAAGAUCUGGAUAAACAGGUCAGUGAACAUUUUAUCUUUUUGUUCAGUUGUUUAUUUUACUAUUUAUUCAUAUGCAUAACAAACGUUAGUUACUAUUACCAAUAUAUUUCAAAAGUAUUCUACUGA